GAGACGUCCCAGUUUCCUGCUACUUUGCCCACCGGUCGGACGAAUGCGACAACCCUAACGACCCUGACCUCGACAACGGCAACUUCAGGCAGUCCGACUGUCAGACGAUUAAAUGAUCAGAUGACAUCUUCUUUCCUUUGGUCUGGGGACCAGGACCAACUGUUACCGGGCCAUCUGGAGCCCGAAAAUGAGGACCUCCGUACUGCCGGCCACCGAAACGGCGUGGCUGGUGGAGGUGUCGCAACGCCGAAGGAUGGUCUCAGCGCUACCGACGACCUCCGCGACCCACAAAUGCCCGUGCCCGGGGCUACGUUCUCUUGUCUUCCACAGCCCUCAUGGCCCCCAGACCACGCAUCCACGGCAGCUGGUAUCAUGCAAGGGGUCUCCGGUCUGCUGUACUGCCAGUUGCUCGCCCAGGGCCUUGACCCGUCGGUACCAGCCGGUGGACUUGUGACUCGUCUGCUCGAAUCCGCCCUUCCUCUUCCAUUGUUCCCUCUGCAACGAGUGCCCUCGCCCAAUGAAAUCGGCAUUGAGCCCAGCUUUGCGGCCAAUUCGGCCUGGCCUGCAUUGUCGGAGGCACAACAAACUUCCAGUCUUUCGGUCCCACCAAUUUCUACCUUUGAAGCCAAGGCCAGAGACUCGAGACACGAAUUCGGAUCAAGCCUAUCCAGCCAUGCAUACACAUUCAGAGAUGGCCUGCAUCAGUAUCUGCAGCAGAUUGUUUGGCUUCAGCAAAGGCAGCAACAACAACAACCGUUCUGUCAUGAAAGAGGGCAGCAGCAGGUCGGCCACUUCGGCAGCCCGCACCAAAACCAGCAACCUCCGAACCAGUUGCUCUUAUCGCCGUCAACACCAGUUGGUUGGCAGUCGUCUUGUCGGCCUCUGUCAGGUAUCCUUCAAUCAGACAGAGCCACUACAGAAACGGAUCCUUCUUCGUGGUCACGACUGCCGAUCUGUCGCAAGCAAACUCAUACUUCAAUCCCUUCAGCAAUAGCAGUCUCCAAAUAA